UCAGGUGGCUGCUUUGCGAAGGAGUCAAGUUGCUAGCUUUUGUCCUUCUUAUCUCUUCGUUAUCUCUAAGGACAGGUUUCAGAAGGAAGAAGCCCAGGCGGUCUGCGUCCCUGAGGGAAGAUUUGCGGCAGAACGAGAGCCUGAACCGGGAAUGCAGGAUGGCGGCGAUGAAGAAGGAAGGGGGUGCUUUGAGUGAAGCCAUAUCAUUGGAAGGAGAUGAGUGGGAGCUGAGUAAAGAAAAUGUCCAACCCUUAAGGCAGGGGCGGAUCAUGUCUACACUUCAGGGAGCAUUGGCGCAGCAAGAAUGUGCCUGUAACACUACUCUUCAGCAACAGAAACGGGCAUUUGAAUCUGAAAUUCGAUUUUACUCUGGAAAUGAUCCUCUGGAUGUUUGGGAUAGGUAUAUUAACUGGACAGAACAGAACUACCCUCAGGGAGGGAAAGAGAGUAAUAUGUCAACAUUAUUAGAAAGAGCUGUUGAAGCACUACAAGGAGAAAAACGAUACUAUAAUGAUCCUCGAUUUCUUAGUCUCUGGCUUAAAUUGGGACAUUUAUGCAACGAGCCUUUGGAUAUGUACAGUUAUUUACACAACCAGGGGAUUGGUGUUUCACUUGCUCAGUUCUAUAUCUCAUGGGCUGAAGAGUAUGAAGCUAGAGAAAACUUUAAGAAAGCAGACCAGAUAUUUCAGGAAGGGAUUCAGCAGAAGGCUGAGCCACUGGAAAGACUGCAGUCACAGCACCGACAAUUCCAAGCUCGAGUGUCUCGGCAGACUGUGUUGGCACUUGAGAAAGAAGAGGAGGAAGAAGUAUUUGGAUCUUCUGUACCACAGCGAAACACAUUGGCUGAACUAAAAAGCAAAGGGAAAAAGACAGCAAGAGCUCCAAUCAGCCGUGUAGGAAGUGCUCUCAAGGCUCCAGACCAGAACAGAGGGCUCCAAAAUCCAGUUCCUCAACAGAUGCAAAGUAAUUCCAGAAUUACUAUUUUUGAUGAAAAUGCUGAAGAAGCCUCUAGAACAGAGUUGUCCAAGCCUACAGCUCAGCCAUGGACAGCACGCCCUGUGUCCAGGGCCAAGGAGAACGAGCUGCAAGCAGGCCCAUGGAACACAGCCCGGCCUUUGGAAUACAGGCCUCGUGGCAAUACUGCUUCUGUGACAGCAGUACCUUCUCUGCUUCCCAGUUUUACUCCAUAUGUUGAAGAAACUGCACAACAGCCAGUUAUGACACCAUGUAAAAUUGAACCCAGUAUAAACCACAUUCUGAGCACAAGAAAACCUGGAAAGGAAGAAGGAGAUCUCCUGCAGAGAGUUCAAAGCCAUCAGCAAGAGUCUCAGGAGAAGAAAGAGAAGAUGAUGUAUUGUAAGGAGAAGAUUUAUGCAGGAGUAGGAGAGUUCUCCUUUGAAGAGAUCCGGGCUGAAGUUUUCCGGAAGAAAUUAAAAGAGCGAAGGGAAGCUGAGCUGCUGACCAGUGCAGAGAAGAGAGCAGAAAUGCAGAAACAGAUUGAAGAGAUGGAGAAGAAGCUAAAAGAAAUUCAAACUACUCAGCAAGAAAGAAUGGGUGAUCAGCAAGAAGAGAAGGUGCCUAUGAAGGCGACAGCUGAACUGCAUAUUGCAUCAGAGUCUCGGGAAAUACCAAGAAUGGCUCUUUCCAAUUCUCUUUGCCCAGGAAACUCUUGUGCCAGGGAGACUUCAUUUGCAGAAAACAUUUGGCAAGAGCAACCUCAUUCUAAAGGUCCCAGUCUACCUUUCUCCAUUUUUGAUGAGUUUCUUUCGGAAAAAAAAAGUAACAGUCCUCCUGCAGAUCCCCCACGGGUUUUAGCCCAACGCAGACCCCUCGCAAUUCUAAAAACUUCAGAAAGCAUCAACUCAAAUGAAGAUGGGUCUCCAGAUGUUUGUGAUGAAUUUACAGGAAUUGAGCCCUUGAGUGAGGAUGCUAUUAUCACAGGUUUCAGGAAUGUAACUAUAUGCCCUAACCCAGAGGACACUUGCGACUUUGCGAGAGCAGCUCGGUUUGUAUCCACUCCUUUUCAUGAGAUAAUAUCCUUGAAAGAUCUACCUUCUGAUCCUGAGAGACUGCUGCAGGAGGAGGAUCUAGAUGUGAAGAUCUCCGAGGAUCAGCAGACAGCUUGUGGCACCAUCUAUAAUCCAAGUCUCAGCAUCAAGAAGCUCAGCCCAAUCAUCGAAGACAGCCGAGAAGCCACACACUCCUCUGGGUUCUCUGGGUCUUCUGCCUCAGUCACAAGUUCGUCCUCCAUCAAAUGUCUGCAAAUUCCUGAGAAACUGGAGCUUACCAAUGAGACUACAGACAACCCUACUCAGUCACCCUGGUGUCCACAGUAUCGCAGACAACUACUAAAAUCUCUAUCAGAGCUUAGGGCCUCUGCAGAAUUUUUUGUAGAAGACAGACCAAUGCCUAAGUUGGAAAUAGAAAAGGAAAUUGAAUUAGGUCAUGAAGAUUAUUGCAUUAAACAAGAAUACCUAACAUGUGAAGAUUAUAAAUUAUUCUGGGUGACACCAAGAAACUCGGCAGAGUUAACCAUAAUAAAGGUGUCCUCUCAACCUGUCCCAUGGGACUUUUAUAUCAACCUCAAGUUAAAGGAACGUUUGAAGGAAGAGUAUGAUCAUCUGUGCAGCUGUUACCAAUACCAAGAUGGUUGUAUUGUUUGGCACCAGUAUAUAAACUGCUUCACCCUUCAGGAUCUUCUUCGACACAGUGAACUUAUUACCCAUGAAAUAAUAGUGUUGGUUAUUUAUAACCUUUUGACAAUAGUGGAGAAACUACACAGAGCAGAAAUAGUCCAUGGUGACUUGAGUCCAAGGAGUCUGAUUCUUAGAAACAGACUCCACGAUCCCUAUGAUUGUAAUAAGAACAAUCAAGCUUUGAAGAUAGUGGACUUUUCCUACAGUGUCGACCUUAGGGCGCAGCUAGAUGUUUUUGUCCUCAGCGGCUUCCGGACUGUACAAAUCCUGGAAGGACAAAAGAUCCUGGCUAACUGUUCUUCUCCCUACCAGGUAGAUCUGUUUGGUAUAGCAGAUUUAGCACAUUUACUAUUGUUCAAGGAGCACCUACAGGUCUUCUGGGAUGGGUCCCUCUGGAAACUUAGCCAAAAUAUUUCUGAGCUAAAAGAUGGUGAAUUGUGGAAUAAAUUCUUUGUGCGGAUUCUGAAUGCCAGUGAUGAGUCCACAGUGUCUGUUCUGAGGGAACUUGCAGCAGCCAUGAAUGGGGUGUCUGACACCGCAUUCCAAAACCACCUGAACAAAGCUCUGUGGAAGGUAGGGAAGUUAAUCAGUCCUGGGGCUUUGCUCUUUCAGCCAGAUAGGCAACCACGUCUCUCACAGAUUCCUGCCUAAACCAAUGGUUGUGUUGUGGAACAUCGCCCGUGUAUGCUGUUACUCAAUUUAGGACACAUUUAGAUACACUACCAACACAUGUCUCCUUUUUAGUAGAGGUACAUUUCUAGGGUAACUCACCUUUUUUACAUAGCACUGUAUCUAUUCUUGGCCUUGUCUAACUAACAGAGAACUGUUUUGUUCUUAAUGGGCUCCAUAUGAAUGGGUACCUUGUUAUCAUUUAAUACAUUUGUCUCUACUUUUCCCUGUACAUUUUUCUUUUGUAAUUUGUGACAUGUACCCUAAUCGUCGCUAUGUAUUUUUAGGCAAUAAAAUAGUGUUUGUUGAA